AGCCACAGUCGCACUCAGCGAGGCGCGCACUGCACAGCGCUCUCGCCGCGCCGCUGCCCCAGUGGACUCGCCACCCCGUGCGCCGGCCGUGAGCCCUGGGUUCUCGCCCGCCGGCCCCACAGACAGCCUGCCCGACCCCGCCCCGACCCCGCCCGCCCUCUGGACCCUGGCCGCCCCGAGUGGAGACAGGAGGUGAGCGCUGGAAUCUGACAAAAUGAUGCUUCAACACCCAGGCCAGGUCUCUGCCUCGGAAGUCAGUGCCUCUGCCAUCGUCCCCUGCCUGUCCCCUCCUGGGUCACUGGUGUUUGAGGAUUUUGCUAACCUGACACCCUUUGUCAAGGAAGAGCUGAGGUUCGCCAUCCAGAACAAGCACCUCUGCCACCGGAUGUCUUCUGCGCUGGAAUCGGUCACUGUCAGCGGCAGGCCCCUCGAGAUGUCAGUCACAAAAGCUGAGGUGGCCCCUGAAGAAGAUGAAAGGAAAAAGAGGCGACGGGAAAGAAAUAAGAUUGCAGCCGCCAAGUGCCGGAACAAGAAAAAGGAGAAGACAGAGUGCCUACAGAAAGAGUCGGAGAAGCUGGAGAGUGUGAAUGCUGAACUGAAGGCCCAAAUUGAGGAGCUCAAGAAUGAGAAGCAGCAUUUGAUAUACAUGCUCAACCUUCAUCGGCCCACGUGUAUUGUCCGGGCUCAGAAUGGGCGGACUCCGGAAGAUGAGAGAAACCUUUUUAUCCAACAGAUAAAAGAGGGAACACUGCAGAGCUAAGCAGCCAUGGUAUGGGGGCAACUGGGGAGUCCUCAUCAAAUCCUCCUUUUCCAUCUGAAACCCUGAAGCCAUUGGAGAUCUGACUUCCUGUGCACCUCUCACAUCCCAGCAGCAGAGAACCAUGAAGGCUUGAGGGCCCUUGGUGACUCAGCUGGGCCUUUCCACUCCACCCCAGGGUGGACUUUGGACCAGGGCAAGGGUAUCUUUUGCCUCAACUCCAGGAUUUAGGCCUUAACAUGUUGGCCAUCCUUGGAUUCUCCAGAUGGCCUCUGGUUAGGGUCCUGCCUGCCUUUCACCUGGAUUCUACAAAAACCAGGACUCCCACCAUUAGGAUUCAUGCAGAAGCAGUAUCUGUAACUUGGGUGGAUGGGGCCACCUCCUCUGCUGCUGCUGCCAGGCUCACUCAUAUGGGACGUGGAGUAAGAAUGGCAUCUCGUGAAAGUUGUGCAAUGGCCAGGGUUGUGCUUGCUGUUCUGUACAGGAAUGACUGUGUGCAAGGUGUUCGUUUCAAAACUAGGCGUUGUGUUCUUCCGAUGUUUGCACCACACAACACCGCUAUGACUUUUUCGCGACUUUCCUCAGACCUGGUUUCUGAGAGUUUGGGGGGCUAUCACCAUGGGCAGUGUCUUACAAAAUGUUCAGGUGGCCAGAAAAGCGUGUCAGCCCUGGGAGAACAAAACGGCCGGCUAGCAGAGAGUCCGGUUUUCGUGCCAACAGAGAAGGCCUCCUUCCCCUUGGCACCCAGGCAUUAACGCAGGUCCUCUGUUGCAAACUCAGUUAUAACAUUACAGGAAGAACGCAGAGACAGAGUCCAGGUUCCCAAGGGUUAGGACUCUCUGCUCAGUGACUUAGGUCAGGAAUCUUUUCUAGGCCGGAUGAGCCAAAGAAUAUUCCAUUUUCCUUUUCUUGCGGUUGAAAACCACAUUCAGUGAAGACGCAUUUGAAGCCAGGUGAUGCCUAGGCUUUAGCAUUAUUAGAUGUUAAUGGCAUUGUUUUUGUCAUGCAGAUGUUUGUAGAAAUCUGGCCCAGAGUGUUUAUAGCUGUGAGAAAGUCACUCACACUGGCCAUGAGGACUCUGGCUACAGUCUGUUUAAAUUCUGAUGUUUCUGUGAAAUCCUCAGAGUGUUUAAUCCUACUCAGUAGUCUCAUUACAAUUUUCUGUAAGAGAAAAUAUUACUUAUUUAUCCGAAUAUUCCUAACCUGUCAAUGUAAUAAAUAUUGGAACCAAGACACAGUGAA